CUCUGAGACAGUUUUUCUACACAGUUAUAAGUUACACUGUUCAUCUGAGCUUUGAUGAUUAUAAAAUAGGUUUACCCUUUAAUUAAACAAAGUGUUUCAGACUACCAUAAAAAUAAAUUAUAAACUACCAUCACAGAGAGAGAGAGAGAGAGAAAGGAGAUUCCUCUCUGAGAUAAUAAACAUGGUUUCUUUCUGCAUCAAAUCGAUGGUUUUUCUUAUAUAUCACUCACCAGAUCAAGCAGAAGAUUCAGAACCAGUUUUCGAGCUUAACUUGAAGAAGCCAAUAAUCUCGUUCUUUCUCUGAGGGUGGAAGAGGAAGAACAACACAUUGAGAAUGAAGAAGAAGAAGAAUAAUCAUGGUGAGGAGAAAAAGAAGAAGAAGAAGAACGAUGGCGUGGAGAAGAAGCCACGUGGCAGGUUCGUGGAGGAGGAGGAGGAGGGUGGUGGUGAAAUGAUAAGGUGUUCGGGUAAGCAUUGCGGGUCAAGCUGUGGCGGGUAUGUAGCAGAUUGUGUUGCAGUGUGUUGCUGUCCCUGUGCUGUGUUGCAUUGCUGUGUUCUUGCUCUUGUGAAAGGGCCUUUUCUUGUGGGGAGAAAGUGUUUGAGGUUGGGAAAGAAGAAGAAGAAGAAGAAGAACAAGAAAAAGGGGUAUGAAUAUGAUGAUGAUCAUGAAGAUGAUGAUGAUGAUGAUGAAGAAGAAAAAGUGAAGAAGAAGAAUGUUUCUGGUUCUGAUAUGGAUAGUGUCACUGUCAAUGCUGGUUUUGAUGCAGAGAAAGUUUGGAGAGAGCUUUAUCAGAUUGGCCAUUUGGAUUUUGGAAGGGUUUCUUCCUCACAUGAUGAUUAGUAUGGUAAAUUUCAGUUUUAGGAUUAAACAAAAGUUUCAUCUUUUUAUAUAUAUAUAAAUAUAUAAAAAUUUUCCUUCUAGUCUCUCAGAAUGAUAUUAGGUGUUUGUUUUUUCCACAAAAAGUGUAUCUGUUUUGCAUGUUAAUGUGAUGAAGGAGGUGGAAGAGUUGGAAAGAGAUGAUGAACUUGUUUUGAAGAACUAAAAGGGAGAAAAAGGUUGAUUUUGCCCUAAUUUUUGGGAGGUUGAAAAAAUGAUGUUAUUCUACAUGUCUUCUUCCACCUACUUGAUUGAAUUUGAAUGAAUGAAUUAUUAGGGAUUGUAUUGAAGACAGGUGUUUUUUUUUUUUAACUUUGAUCCGUGACCUUUGUCUAUACAUUGUUGUCUUGGUUUUGUGCAUGGGAUCUUUAGAACAAAGGGCGAUGUAACAUUUUGUAAGUAGUACAAUUAGGUCUUUUUUGAGACACACUUUGUUUUGCAGUCUAAUUGAGAUUGUAUUUG